UGAGAGAGAGGGAGAGAGAGGGGGGGAGGCUCUGCAGUGUCUUGGCAGCUGCAGUGCAUCUCCCUCCGUCUGCGAUGCUUCCGCGGCCGAUCCCUGCCUCCUCUUCCUCCGCCUUCACCUGCCAGCUCUAACCGAGAUGAAGUCGAACUGAACCUGCACGUUCACACUUGCUCGCUGCAGCCUCUGGAGACACUCACAUUUGCUCAAAAAGGAGGAAAUUAUUAAAAAAGAGAGAAGAAGAACAGGAAAAAAUCAACAGACUAGAUUUUUUUAAUGGAAAAUGGCGAUACGGAAAAGAUCUCGCAGCAUCUUCUGCUUAGUAUCGCUCCAAAUUAUUCUGAUUUUCAGCGUAUCGUGGCCUGGAGCGCUGGGUCUCACAUUCCCACAGCAAUACACGAUAAUGCACUGGGCCAGGCGGAUCGAGCAGGAGAUUGACAGAGUCUUUCAGCACAUCACUGGAGCCCAACAGCUGAAAGGGAUUUACAAUGAAGAGAGGCGGCGGUUUAGUCUGGUGAAGAACCAGCCUCGUAGGAUUGUGGAGAAAGUGGCCUUGGAUAUAGAAAAGCUCCUGACAAAGAAACGCAAAGCACUAGAAAGGUUAGCCAGUGAGGCAGAAAGACUCCAGCGAGAGCAUCUAUGGCAGGAUGGGAUCAAGGAGCUGGACAUGGCCUACUAUGACUCCAAAGCAGAGCUGGAUUACAAUUCCAUUGAUGGAGAAGUUGAGUUGGAAAAUCCCUCACAACUCAAGCUGGAGUUUGUGUAUGACCCAAACUUCAAAAACAAUGUCAACUUUUCCCACACGGCUGUUCAGAUUCCUACAGAUAUUUAUAAAGGAGCUACGGUCAUCCUCAAUGAGCUGAACUGGACUCAAGCUCUAGAGAGAGUGUUCAUGGAGAACAGUCGGGAUGAUCCGUCCCUGCUGUGGCAGGCGUUUGGGAGCGCCACGGGAGUCACUCGCUACUAUCCAGCAUCUCCUUGGAAAGCUCCAGAUAAAAUCGACCUGUAUGAUGUCAGGAGGAGGCCCUGGUACAUCCAGGGUGCAUCGUCACCUAAAGACAUGGUCAUCCUGGUUGAUGUGAGCGGCAGUGUCAGUGGACUCACGCUUAAACUGAUCAAAGCUUCGGUGAUGGAAAUGCUGGAUACUUUGUCUGACGACGACUAUGUCAACGUAGCCAGAUUUAACGAGAAGGCCGAGGCCGUCAUCCCUUGUUUCAAACAUCUAGUCCAGGCCAAUGUGCGAAACAAGAAAUUUUUUAAGGAGGCUGUGCAGCAGAUGCAGGCAAAAGGAACCACCGACUACAAGUCGGGAUUUCAUUUCGCCUUUAACCAGCUGCUAAAUAAGACAAAUGUCCCACGGGCUAACUGCAAUAAAAUAAUAAUGUUGUUUACUGAUGGAGGAGAGGACAGGGCUCAGGAUGUCUUCAUGCAGUACAACUGGCCAAACAAAACCGUUCGAGUAUUUACCUUCUCUGUGGGUCAACACAACUAUGAUGUCACACCGUUACAGUGGAUUGCCUGCACAAAUAAAGGUUACUAUUUUGAGAUCCGUUCCAUCUGUGCCAUAAGGAUUAACACCCAGGAGUACCUGGAUGUUCUGGGACGCCCCAUGGUUCUGGCAGGCACUGAGGCCAAGCAGGUUCAGUGGACCAAUGUGUAUCAGGAUGCGUUGGGUCUUGGCUUGGUGGUGACCGGGACUUUACCUGUUUUUAAUCUCACCAUGAACGGGAACUCACAGAAUCAGCUGAUUUUAGGCGUCAUGGGAGUGGAUGUGCAUCUUGAUGAGAUAAAACGAUUGACACCACGUUAUAAUUUUGGGGCCAAUGGAUAUAUAUUUGCCAUAGAUCCAAACGGAUAUCUGCUCCUUCAUCCAAAUCUUCAGCCAAAGCUCGUGAACCUCCCUGAACCUGUGACGCUAGAUUUCCUGGAUGCAGAGGUGGAAGACAGCAACAAAGAGGAGAUCCGACAACAAAUGAUUGAUGGAAGACCAGGUGAAAAACAGAUCAGAACUCUUCUCAAGUCUAUUGAUGAGCAUUACAUUGAUGACGUCUACAGAGGUUACACCUGGACUCCUAUCAACGGCACUGAUUACAGUCUUGGUCUUGUGUUACCACCCUACAAUGAGUUCUACAUCCAGGCAGACCUGAGCGAUGUGAUGCUGCAGCUCCAGUAUAUGCAGUCAUUGUUACCCAGCUCCUUUGAGUCAUCAGGACACGUGUUUUUGGCUCCAAGGGAAUACUGCAAGAACCUGCAGCUUUCUGACAACAACACACAGUUCUUGCAGAACUUUCUCUCUCUUAUGCUGGACAUCUCCCCAGAGUCUGAUGAAUGUGACCAAGGACUCAUCCACAACCUGAUCCUGGAUUCCAGGAUUAUCGGGCUUCUAGCCUCCCGUGAAUGGAAGAACAAGGACCUGAAUGCGUAUGGCUUCCUGGCUAUAUUUGCAUCAACAGAGGGAGGAAUAACCCGUGUUUUUCCCAACAUAGCUGCUGACCUGUGGGAUGAAGAUCCUGAGCCUUUUAAUUCCAAUUUCUACCGACGAAGCCUGGACAAUAAAGGCUACAUGUUCAGACCACCAAUGAAAUCUUCUUAUGAUGACCUUGAUGCAACAGAAAACAACACCGCUGGGAUUCUUGUUAGUUCAGCUGUUGAGGUUAAUUUAGGGGGUAAACUGCUCAAACCCGCAGUUGUCGGAGUGAAGCUGGACCUGGAGGCCUGGGUGGAUAAGUUUAAGAUCCUGGCCAGCAAUGUGUCAGAUAGUCGACAAGGCUCGCACAAGUGUGGACCAUCCAGGAGCUGUGAGAUGGACUGUGAAGUGAACACAGAUGACCUCCUGUGUUAUCUCAUUGAUGAUGGCGGGUUCCUGGUUAUGUCCAAUCAGAGGGAUCACUGGCAAAAGAUUGGUCUCUUCUUCGGCGAUGUGGACCCUUUCCUGAUGCACGCGCUCUACAACAACUCCAUUUUCUCUCGACGGCAGUCCUUCCACUACAAAUCUGAAUGUGAAGCUUUCAGCAGCAGCCAAACUGGUGCAGCGCCGAGAGGCAUCUUUGUGCCAUCCAUUGCCGACAUCCUGAGCUUGGCCUGGUGGACGUCCACAGCAGCAUGGUCUGUGAUCCAGCAGAUUCUCUAUGGACUCAUCUACAACAGUUGGCUUUUUCAAGAGGACGUCUUUAUUGAUGGUUUUGAGACCAAAGUGAGCAGCUGUGUGACCAUCCGCAGCCAGUUCUACUUCACAAAUACCACUAACUCUUACAACGUGCUGCAGGACUGUGGGAACUGCUCACGACUGUUCCACGCCAAGCGGAUAGAAAACACCAACCUGCUGUUUGUGGUGGCCGAGACUCUGCCCUGCAGCUCCUGUGAGAUUGAGAGUCUGACCCAGGUCAGAAAAGAGUUUCAGGAGGAAAAUCCAUGUGAAGUUGUGAGCAACGCACGGUACCGUAAAGGCCCCAUUUCCUGCUUUGACUACAGUGCCUUAGAAAACACGUCAGAAUGUGGACGGGGUUGCUCGUUGCAGACCUCUAUAGGAGUCCUAAUCUUUAUUCAGCUCAUUCUGCAUUUGUUUCACGUACAGACUCUCUGACAUUUUCCAUCGCUUUGGAUUUAGGCUCGGAUCACUGAAGGUCAGAUCAAACAGCAACCGUGACAUCCUUCUUUAUUUUUUUAUAAAUCUGCUAACAACUCGCCGUGCUGUGUACUUUGAAGGAAAGCCCUGGCUUUUUUUUCUCUUUUAAUGCUUCUACAUUUCUCAGUGUUUCAGUGUUUGAGUUCAAAUCUGAGAAGAGCUUGUGUUUUGUUUUCACACAAGCUUUUCAAAGGUCACAGAAGCAGCCAGAAUAUGCUUUAUUAACAUGAACAGGGAAUAAUCAACUGUCAGGAUCAGGCACAAACUGGGUGGGGAGUUCAAAUUCCAAGAUUUUUUUUCUUUGUGGUGUCAUUUCCUGUGUUGCCACUUUCUGUUUUCUACGAAGUAUUUCAGCCUUUUUAAAUGUUUACACAGAAAUUUAUUAAAAAACCAGUAUCUUACUGGGUUAAAGCUGCUUUCAGUUGGAAUUAUACUGAACUGAGUGCCAUAUUUGUAGUAUCUUUAUUGUGUCUCAUUUUAAUGUUGAUUUUCUUGCCAAUCCCUCCAAAUGUCUAAUAUUUGUACUUUUUGACUUCUCUGAGAGGAAACAUGUCUCAAAUUCUUUAACUUUUAAAAAAUGCUGGCAAAAUGAGAGAGAAGCCCUGGAACUGGAGCACUCUUGCCUCCUUUGAGACAUUUGAAAACUCCCUUAAAAUGACGCCGACAGUGUCACUAACAGCCGGAGCUCCGAGAGAUACUAGCUUUUUGUAACUUGAACAACAGACAAUUAAAAACUACCCAGACUUUAAAAAAAAAAAAGUCAAACUCUAGAGAUGAUUUACCUGAAUCUGCUUUUAGAAAGUUUGCUUUUGUUGGAUUAAAAUGACUCCUGUGACUUAUAAGUAGUUUCAAAACCAGUGUACAUAAAAACCAAGAAUGUUAAUGAAAACUGAACACAUGCAUUAAAAUUACUAACAGUAUUUGAUUAAGAUUUUCAGUUGAAUAAUGUAAACCUUUAUUUUCUACAAGCUGUGGGACAGUAUAAAUCUUCAAUCUUAAAGGAGACAUAUUAUGACUUGUUCCUUAAGCUAUAAUGACGUUCUUUUAAGUUAUGAUAGUUCUAUGGUUGAUACCAAACAUGAUCAAAAUUCCUCUCACAUAAAGUUGAACCAUGACUUUUCAGUACCAGCCGUUUCAGGACUCUGUCACUUUAAGGAAACAAGCUGGAGUCAGCCACGCCCACCCAUCCCUGUGCUGGGACAGCUUUCAUAGAAACGUUAAUGCACAACAUCUGGUCAGGUACCACAAGUAGAACAUUGCACCAUGAGGUUUUGUUUCUCGCAGCAGUUUAUUUGAACAUUUCAAGAGAAAUUUUAAAACUUUUUGCCCCUGAAAAAAUGUAUUCUCAUGGCUCGGGAACAUGUGGCUCUGUUUGCAGUUGAACUAACAACAAGUCAGAUCUGUGGUAUUAAGAACAACGUUUGGAGCAUCCUCCUCAGACUAAGAGAGAGCGUGGCUUCAUUCCACUUUGGUUGUGCAUCAGUGCAUGAGGACCUAGUCUUUCCCUGUCUCACUGCAUUUUCAACCUGACAUGAAAAUAAUUUUAAAAUGUAAACACAGACUCUAAAAAUAAUGGAAUAGACCAUUUCUUUUAUCAAGCGGACAACUUAUUAAAAUAGAGCUCAAUAUUUUACAUUUUACAUUAUCAAAUGAUCAUUAGUAAUACACGAACAACCUGCUGUUUGCAUUUCAACCUGCUGCUGUCAGAGUAAAGUGUCUUUUUGGAGUGUUCCCCUUUCAGAAAUUAUGUGAUUUUUCAGAAAUCUGUAAAAGUGAUUAUCUGUGAUAUAAUGUAAGCACAAUGUCUUUUUUUUGUUGCUAAGCACACCCCCUGCCCACUAACCCUUUGUGCUAUAGGAAACUGAGCGCCGACCAGAAUUAACCAAUAGCAUUAGACUUCCGCUUCCAUGCUUCAAAUUUAAGGAACACCUCAGCUGAUGCAGAGUUGAUGAACUUUUCACAGACAAAUACAUCUAUAAAAUAUAAAUGUAUGAGAACACAACUUGACAUGAUAAUUCAUUGUGUAAAACAACGUGUUUUAGCUCAGUUUGUCGCCUACAGAAGCACAUUUAUAAACAAGAAAUGUGAAGUUGCCGUCUUAAAAAAACUGAUGGAGACUAUUUGUGUGAUAUGCUUGUCAGCCACUAGAUGGUGCCAUUGGAUAAGAUAAAUACUUGGAAAGAGACAUUAAAAAAGUAGCUAAAAUGCUACUGUAUGUUAGCUUUAGCCAGAUUUUCCUUUUAUCCUCCCACCCCUGUAUUGCAGGCAGAGAGAUUGAAAUGGCGUCCUGUUUGAGCUGUGACAGCUGAUGUUCACACGUAAUUUACGAAGCUGUAAAAAGUGGAUUCAUGUGAACGGAUUACAUCAUCCAUUUAUGACUGCAAUGGAAACACGGGGGUUAGGAGUAAGGUGGAUAAGCUGAGAAGCUCUCCUAUCUGGGCGGAGCAGUAGCUAUCUCCUUCAUCUGAGAGGUGGUUUUAUUCUAAAUUCUCUGUUUGUGAUGUCACAAAUGGAGACUUUUUGAAACAAAUCGUUUAGGCAAAUAAUUCCAAAAACCAAACACUGACAGAAAACAAAUGUUUAUUUUUUCUUUUCACAUUUGGGGUGCUAUAGAUGCAGCACAAACAGUUGCAUAAUAUGUCCCCUAAACUAGAGUUUUAAGAAUCACACAAUUUAGUGGAUUUUAGUUUUUUAACGACUGCUGCUAAUAUCACUAUUGCUGCAAAACCAACACCCAAUACUAGUUUGUUUUUCCCCUGAAAGAAACACCAUCAGAAAAACCAUCAAGAAAAAAGAACAUCUGAAAAUGUUUAAGGUUUUUAAUAGAUUUAUGUGAAAGCCAUAAACAAAUAUAUAACUAAAUAAUAUAAUGUUUGAGUAGCUGAGCUUGAAGGAAGUUUAAAGCAGCUGAGAGUUUGAGGAUCUGUAGAUGUGUGCCUAAUGCAGAUGUUCCUCCUCAUAAGUAUAGCCUCCAACAUCAUCGUGUUGGUUUUCAUAUUUCAUGUUUUGAAACUAAUUAAACACCACUGCUGCCCAGGGUCUGCUUCUUUCGCAUGUUCGGUCCUCGUAGAUAAUCCAGAUUAUGUGAAACACAGGAAGCUCCUGCAUUUACAGCUGUUCCUACAUGACAGUAGAUCUGAGCCUUAAUCCCACAUUCACUCUAGUGUCUUUCAGUCCACCUUUGACUUUUGCCAAGACAGUUUCAGUGUUGUUGUCCGCGUCAAACAUGAAUGAUUUCUCUCGGCUCUCUAAAGCACAUCAAUUUGUCUUGUACAUUUUUAACUCCAAUCAGAUUUUAUACAAAACUUGUAAAAGUUAAAUUUUUACCCCUGAAACUAUUUUUUGACUUAUGAGACAAGAAGUAAGAGAAGCAAAUUAAAUUUACAAAUAAAAUCAAAAUAAAUACUGACUUUUCAUGAGACAUAAGUGAGGAAAUGUUUGUGUUUUACUUUGGUACAAGAUAAUUAGCAUUUGUCCCACAGCUAAUGGGUGUGAUUUUGAAGUGCUUCCAGUCCAGUCGUCAAAGGAGGACGAAUCAAACAAGUGGUGACUGAAUUUGUGAAUUAGUUAUGCAUCCUGGGGGAAAACCAACAAUCAGCAGCAUAUGAAGUAUUGUUUGCAAUAAUAUGAUGAUUGGAAACUGUGUUUCAGGAUUAAUUAUUGUUUUUCUUAAUUGAAAUUAAUAGCAAAAGAAAAGAAAUCACCAUCAGUGUUACUCAAGUUCAAAACGCUGGUUGACAGGAAGCUCUUCAACAGAUCUUUGUAACCUGCGAUGCCAAUGAUUUGUCAAAUUGGUAUUCUGCUCUUAUGUGUGCUUCUGUAUGGGGAAUGUAGCUUUUAGACAGCUUUUGGUGUUAUGAAUAUGUUGUCAAUAUGCUGUACUUUUUUUUUAGAAGCCUCUGGAUUUGACCUGUAUGAGGAGAUUCACAGAGACAGACUUCCUGUUUCAUCAUGUGGAGCUAAUCUAAGGAGAUGUGAGUCUGGAGGCAGGCAGAAGAGAGAUUAUUUACUGUGAAAAAAGCUCUGAUAGUGCAGCGGUCAAAGCAGAUAGACACAACAUACAUCUCUGAUCCUAAACGCUCAUUUUUUUAAUGUCUUCCUUCCAAAAGGAAAAAAAUCAGAAAACAUUUGAAUCCUUGACCGUAAUUUAUUCCUUUGGUAACACUUCAGAAUUAACGUUCAUUUCAAACUAUUCAUUCAUUUUCUUGCUAUAACCUCCCAAAUAAUUCUUAUUUAUAGUGGAUAAAUAGGUUUUCUAUAUUGUAGUUGUUUUACUGAACGCCAUAUGACUCCUGUUGGCUUAAGAAAAUAUAAAUAUGAUCAAAAACGAGCAUUUCUGCCAUUAAUAACACCUAAUAAAUUAAGUUGAAGUAAGGUUUUAUUUUAAAUAAUUUUUUUAGACAUGUAUCAGCUGAUAUUGUUGUUUAUUCGCCUGAAGCUGCUUCUAUUUUACACUUUUAUAAGUCAAUUUGAGCAUAUAAAUAUUUAACCACAGUGAAAUGUUGCACCUGAAAGUAUUAUAGGUCAACGUGAAGCUGCUCCAAAUCACAUUUUGACUUUCUGAGCCUUAAUCUUGAGAUUUUGGAUCAAAAGCAGUUUAGAGGAGCAGAUCUUUAUUAUCUUUCUAAAUUAUGCGUUAGUUUAUUGUUUUUAGGCUCACUAAGUUAAAUCAUAGUCAUAAAAACCCAAGAAAUGAGUGGAUGUCAACAUACUUUAUUUGUAGAUUAAACUGAAUUAUAUAUAUUUCUUUCAUUUAUGUUUAUUGAACAGUCGAUGGUCCAGAGUUUGCUCAGUGUUUUAUAAAAGCCUGCAGCAAAUAGGCAUCCGUGCAUCUUCGAGAUGUGUCUGCAGUUUUGUUCUAGUAUCCAAACUCACCACGUCAACAAAAUCAUUUUUACUUGUGUCAAAUGUAGGAAUUAAACUUAUCGAAGACAAACAGUUUUGCUCUUGAACCAGAUAUGAUUAUUACUGUUAGACUGUUGCAUGAUUUCAUUUGAUUUUUCAGUCCCUCACAUGCCAACAUGUAGAUGUGAGCUGAGCUCUGAGAGUCCCCUUAUCAGCUGAUGGCUAUAACCGGAAGUUGCAGCACACAUGAUGAAAGCCUCUGUCUCAUGAUGAAUCCCUCUUUCUUGUAUUUUUGUGUCAAUGUUUCGAUCUGGGGAUGUUUUUAAAAAGAUGCUUUUCAGACAAAAUAUUUGUAAACCCGAUGUUUUUGUCCAUCUGCCUGGUGUUCCAGCCUGCAGUGCCUUGUUGCACUCAUCCUUUUGGAUUACAGGAACAUUUUGGAUCUCAGAUAAGUGGACGCUUACCCUGCAGGUUAUGUAUUUGAAGAGCUGCACCUCUAAAAGGAUAAGAUGCUCAUUCUGGACAUUUUUAAAGUUGUGAAAAUGCACAGCAGAGGAGAGCUGAGCAGCUGAUGGACAGAACCGACCCUGCUGCCCUCCUGCUUGGUGGUGUUUCUCUCUGCUUCGGGCUUGAAUCAGACGACAGACUCUGCUUUCACUGUUCCCACUCUGUCUCAUCAAUACACUGUUGAUGAAAACAUGCUUGUUGGAAAUGUGUUGGGACUGAAUGAAUGUUUAUUUACUCAAAACUACGGUUGUUUAUCUCCUGCGUUUCUGAGCAUGGCAGGGAACUGGAGAACAAGGACUUCAGCACCAACGAGACCUGCAGUUGGUACUUGAGGUCAUUACUGAAACAUUUUUUGUUGCAUCCAAUGGAAUGAGAAUCUGAGGAACUCUUUAGAAGCUGCAGCUUAAUCUUUCAACCACUGCUGAGGUCAGUGUUGUUAAGUUUCGGUUUCAAAUGACUGGUAUUUAUUUGCAUGAUAUUUUGAACAGACAUCUGUACAUAGUCCGAUGAAUAUUUGACAUUCCUGUCCAUAUCCGGCUCUGAGUACUGCUCGUGAAGAGGAGGCUAGGAAUGAAGCUGAAAGCUUGACUUCAGUGAAGCCUACAAUGACCGUCUGGGUUUGAAUUAGGUGACUUUUGCAGGAAGUGAAAGCACAAAGUUUGGAGUUAUGAGCAAAAUACUGCCUGAAUAAAUUUUCAUCAUUUAUUUAAGACAAAGAUGUCAGAAUAAUGUAAAAACAGAUAAUUAUUUACCCCUCUGAAGGCUGUAUUAAAAAUAAAUAGGCAGUGGCACAUGUUGGGACAACCGCUUAUUCAUUUAUUGAUAUAAUAUUGCUUUUAUCAUUGGUUAAUGCCUUACUUAAUAUGUUUGUUCAUUUGUUUGUUGUGGCUGAACUUUGUAUCAAUAAAAAGGAACUGAAUGUACAUGAGGAUAUAUGAAGCAGUUUACAAGAAAACCAGUAUAAACAGGUAAAAAUGAUGAAUAUAUCCUGUUAGUGUCCGAAUGUUUUUGCUGUAGUUUGCUUUUCGUUUUGCUGACUAUGUUGUUUACGCUGCAUCGUUCCCUCUCUGUGCCAGUCCCCAGCUCCGCCUCAUUUUGUACAGACGAUGCAAGGCAGAAGACGAAGGCUAAAUUUGUAAAGAUUUUGUCAGUCUCAUUAUGAAAUGAAUAUUUAAAUGUUUAUAUCUUUGGUGAAUAAAUGCUAUUGAUAUUUUUCA